AUGAGCGACGCGACGCCUGCACCUGCACCAGAAACCCUCGAAGCGCUACAAUCUCGGCAUCGCAAAGAGCAACGCGACCUCGUAUCCCGUAUAACACAAAAGAAGAAACAAGCGAGCAAAAAGACACGAAAGGGCGUCAACGAUGAGUGCGAGCGACUCGAGCGCGAAUUGAAAGAGCGGCAAGCGCACGAACUCGCUGUGCAGAGUGGAGAGGCUGUGGAUGCGGAGGAACAAGCAGAGGACCCACAGAGCUCUGGGGAUGAAGCGCAGGAUAUCCAAGAAGACAUGUCCAAUCUCAGGGUUGAUGGUGCUGGUUCGGAUAGCAAAGACAGCAGCACCAAUGGCGAUUCCACCGAGCCCAAGAAGAAGAAGCCGAACCGUGCCAAAGCCCGCCUCGCCCGUCGCGCCGCCGAACAAGCCUCCAUCAUCGCAGAAGCAGAGCGCGAAGCUGCCAACGCACCCAACCCACGCGAACUAGAGCGAGAACGCAUGGCGACACAAUUACAAAAACACGGGCUGGCGCUGCACGAGAUACGCGCGGAUGGUCAUUGUCUAUACGCUGCAGUCGCGGACCAACUGCAGACACGGGAGUUGGGCUUGAAGCCGAGGAUAGGUGUCACCAUCAAUGGACAGGGAGAUCGAGAACUGGACGCUAAGUCCGAGGCAUAUAAGACGGUCAGGCACGCGGCAGCAGACUGGAUCCAAGGCCAUGGGGACGACUUUUCGGGCUUUAUGGAAGACCCGUUGCCGGAGCAUGUGCGCAAGAUUAGAGAGACAGGCGAAUGGGGUGGCCAUCUGGAACUGCUAGCAUUGGCUCGGACAUACGGUCUAAAGAUAUGCGUGCUGCACAGCGAUGGGCAGGUGGACAAGAUAGAGGCCGAGGACGAGGUCAAAGAGAAGGAAGAGAUCUGGCUGGGAUACUACAAGCACAGUCACGGUCUAGGCGAGCAUUACAACUCGUUACGCAAGAUCGGAUGA